AGAAUGAAAUUCGGGGUACCGCAUACCUUAAGUAAGAAAAUGUUAUUCAGAACUUGAAUUAACUGAUCCUUCGGACAUGAUACUAUACUUUACUAACGAUCAGUUUUGCUAUCAAAAUAUUUUAGCGACGGAAAGAUGUUAGCUGUAAACCAUACUCUUUUAGGCACCCAUUUCUUUGCAAAAAAAAAAAAGUUUUAUUUUCUUGUCGUGUUUUGACGACGACGAUCAGUACUCCGGCGUUGGUAACGAUGGCCUCUCGAGCAAUGCUGGCGAACACUAUAUAGGCAGGACACCUCCGGUCGGUCAUUAAUUAGUUGAAUUAUGACGUUAACAACACAACCCAAUCUUUUCACUUUCCAGACUGUCUCUUUCAAUUCCACCCAUGACCCAUUAGAUUAUGAUUCUUGCGAGCAAAGUUAAAAAUGUCGAUUCCUACCAUGUUUGACGACUGUCACAGCACCAUAUCUCGUUCGAGAAUCUGAAUACGAGCUAAUUGGCUGCCGGCCGAAUCCCUCUCCCUCUCUAUAUACACUCUUAAUUUCUUGUGUCCGCCGCCGGCGACUUCCGUGCCGAUUGGUUUCCCUUAAGCAUCUUUCGCGAGAUAGUUUAAUUUGGAUCGGCUAUGUAUCCAUCUAUCCAUAUAUAGACACCAAGACGCAGACCACCUAAGAGAACCGCAAAGGAGAAACAAAAAAAACAAAAAUAAUUUACUAGACAAUAUAUAUGGCUGCUGCAGGAGGAGUUGCGAGCUUGAUGAUCGUCGUAACUAAAGCUAUAAUCAUUGUCUUACUAAUCUCGUCGUGGGACGUCAUCGUCGUGAGAGCCUACGACGGCACGGUCCGAGAGUUCCGGUGCAACCCGACGCACUACGACGACGAUCCCAUGAAUCAGGAGAUCACGAUGAUCACGAACAGUUUGAUAAGGGAAACGCAACCGGGGCCUCCGCCGGCGUCGCUUUGCGUAGCUCCGGAUCGCGGCGACGACCAGCCGGACGUUUGGGGGUGGGCGGCGUGCGCCGAGCGGCUGACCAAGGACGAUUGCGGGCGGUGUCUGGAGGGUGCUCGGAAUUCGUUGAUGCAAUAUUACUGCCCCGGCAGGGCAGGGGCGCAUGUGUAUAGGCGAGACUGUUCCCUUCAGUACGAGACCUACGAUAUCUGCAACCAAUGAUUCAUUAACCUUUUAAUAACUCGAAUUAUUGAAAUUAAUUGGUUCUUGAUGCGGUGUCAGAGUUUUUUGAAACCUUAAGACUCAGACGAUCUCAUUUUCUGAAUUGUGCAAACGUCAAGUCCAUAUACGAGUGAUUUUUCGUUUGAGUGGACGCGUUAGUAUGUGGCCAUAAAAUUCAGUAUUUUGAAUCUCUUUCAAUAACGAGUUAUUGAGAUGAUGAGGUCAGAAAUGCACUGCAAUAUUGCCAAACUCUUACCGAUGGUCGGGGACUUUAAAUUUGGAAAAGGUUUGGUGGCAUCUAAAGAACCACAACACCUUAUACAUACAAUUAUUUAUUUUGUAUUCAUUCACGUCAUUUGGCGAUAAGUUACGUAAUUAAGUACUUAUUCAAGUAAGAGUUUUGAUCAUUCACGUUAAUAGAAACUCAAAAAAAUAAAUUUCCUUCAUUUGUCCCCUUUGAGAUUUUGUAUUGGCCGUAUUUUAUUGAAUUAAAUUUGGAUUUUCAAUUUUUCUGUAAAAGAAGUUGCAUUUAUCAUAAUCUACACAAUCAUAUAAUUUUAAUAUAUUUCAAAAUUUUAAAUUUAAUUUUACAAUAACGUGAAUAAAUAAUAAUGUGUGUGAAUAAACAUCAAAUUGCAUGAAUAAUAUUAUUGUUUGUGUAAAUAGCCACCAUUCUUACGUUAAUAAAACCAAUACAACACAAAUAAGCACAAAUUUACGUGAAUGGACGAAAAUAUAUGUGAAUUAGCAUAUGUGGCUCUUUAUGUGCGACUAGAGGUGGCAAUUAGGAUCCAAAUCCAUGAAUCCAAUCCAAUCCAUCUACCAAACAAUCCACUUAAAUCCAAUCCAUUUGAUCCAAAUUCAAUUGGAUUGAUGGAUUCAUGGAUCAAUUCAUGGAUCCAAAUGGCAAAUUACAAUUUGGUACCUAUAUUUUUUAUAUUUUACAUUUUGGUACCUAAAUUUUAUAUUUUUAUACGAAAAAAAUCAUAAGAAAAUUACAUUUUGGUACCUAAAAUUUUUCAUUAUGACAAUUUAAUAUCUAAACUUUUCAACAUUUACAUUUUGGUCCAAGCCUUGGAUGUCAUUUGGAUUCAUGGAUCAAUCCACCAAUCCAUUUGAUUCAAUCCAUGAAUCCACCAAUCCAUUGGAUACAAUCCAUUUGAUCCAUGGAUCCACCAAUCCAAUCUACGAAUCCACGAAUUCGAUCCAAUUGCCACCUCGCGACCAAACCUUUUCCAAUUUCGUGUUCACGCCCUUUUGAUUGAGUACGUGGAGACGGAGUCAUAGACUCGUACAGUCACUUUGCCACGUAGACAAUAAUAAUAUGAUCUGAGUAGAAAUGAAUGGCAAGGAUUCACAGUUGUUGUUUGUUUGACGGAGUCAACAGACAAACUCAUAAUUGUCACUGUAAAUUUACUAGGGGGUCGUUUGGAUGGAUCAAUUGUAAAACGAGACAAUUUGACCAAUUGUUUCAUUUUACAAAACGAGUCAUUUAAAACGAGUCAAUUCAGAUUACCUGCCCCCACCCCAGACAAUUGUAAUUGGCUCAAAAUGAGUCAAUUCAGAAUUUCCCAGCUCAAAUUGCUUCAUCCAAAUUUUCUGCUGCCAAACGGAUCAAUCUAGCACAAUUGACUCAAAACGAGACAAUUAUGUCAGAUUGAUCCAUUAGAAUUCCUCAUUCAAACGACCCCUAGGUCUUUGACCUCACGCGCGUCACUAUAUACGUCUACUUGAAUUUUCUUGAGUGAUAUUUUAAACAAGAAAAAGGAUUGGUUACAACACAUUAUAAUUCAUGCAUUUUUGCAUCUUGUAUUAUUCACGCAAUGUGUCUGUAUGGAUAUUCAAGUAAGUAAUAAUGGUUAUUUACGCAAUGUUUUAUUCAUGCAUAUGAUUAUUUAUUUACAUAUUGAAGUAAAAUAAAAUUUUAAAUCUUAA